UCUAUUUGAAUUGGUUAAAGGGCAUUUAUUUUCCCUUCUCAGAAUAUCUUAUAAACAGUGGUUCAGAAUUUUAGCCAUUUUCAACUUUCUCUGUUAAUUAAUGGAGCUUCCCACUGUUUGCGCGGGACGCUUUGGAGGUAACUUGCUGUUCUAUGUUAGACAUCACGUUUACUCUCAUAAGAAGUAUUCCAAAAAUGAAAUUACCAUUAAGUAUAGAGGUCUCCCUAAGCACAUCGGUCCAGAAAAGGGUUAUUCUUCAACGAGUGUUCGAGGCACCAUUUAUUGUUCAAAUCAGCAGGAAAGAAAUGCUGGCUUGCCUUCUGAUCAUAUCACAGCUAGUGCAAAAGUGAUUUAUGCUGCUGCUCCUGCAAUGGGUCAUAAUCAGGCAUCACAUCCAGAAUGCAACUUUAGAGUUCCUGCAAUUUUGACAGCCUUGGAAAAGAUGAAACUGACUUCAAAGUUUCGAGGCUUAGAUGUUGUUGAAGUGCAGAAUUUCAGACCAGCUACAACAGAUGACAUAGCAAGUGUUCAUGCUGGGCCCUAUAUUUCAGGGCUGGAGAAGGCUAUGGAUCAAGCUUCAGAGAAAGGUCUAAUUUUCAUUGAUGGAUCUGGACCCACAUAUGCUACUGCCACAACGUUCCAAGAGUCAUUAUUGGCAGCUGGAGCUGGACUUUCCUUGGUUGAUUCAGUGGUUGCAGCAUCCAAAGUUAGCAAGGAUCCUCCAGUCGCUUUUGCACUAAUUAGACCUCCUGGUCACCAUGCUGUUCCAAAGGGGGCCAUGGGCUUUUGUGUUUUUGGAAAUAUUGCUAUUGCUGCUCGUUAUGCUCAACGAAUGCAUGGAUUGAAACGUGUUUUUAUCAUAGACUUUGAUGUUCAUCAUGGAAAUGGAACCAAUGACGCCUUCUACGAGGACCCAGAUAUAUUUUUCCUUUCAACUCACCAAGCUGGAAGUUAUCCAGGGACUGGUAAGAUAGAUCAAAUUGGUUGUGGAAGUGGUGAAGGAUCAACACUAAAUCUCCCUUUACCUGGAGGAUCAGGUGAUACAGCAAUGCGAACAGUUUUUGAUGAAGUUAUUGUACCAUGUGCUCAAAGGUUCAAGCCAGAUAUAAUCCUUGUUUCAGCCGGAAUUUUCAGGUAUGAUGCCCAUCUGUUGGAUCCCCUUGCCAGCUUGCAGUUCACAACAGGAACAUAUUACAUGCUAGCCUCUAACAUUAAGCAACUUGCAAAAGAUUUGUGUGGGGGACGUUGUGUGUUUUUCUUAGAAGGGGGGUAUAAUCUCAGUUCUCUGUCAAAUUCAGUUGCAGAAUCAUUUCGUGCUUUUCUUGGGGAGCGGAGCCUGGCUGUAGAGCUAGAUGAUCCAUCCUACUUGCAUGAAGAGCCAUUGAAGAAGGUGAAGCAGAUCAUUGAAAAAGUGAAGCACAUACAUGCCUUUUGAAAGCUUAUAUUGGCAGUGCUCUAUAAUUGUUAUACAGCUUUGUAUAGGACACCGUGAUUUUUCUAUAAUUAGUAUACAGCUUUUUUUAGGACACCAUUUUUUCCCGGUGUCAUACCUUAAGGCAUAAACAGUUUGUAUAUUAUCGAUGUCUGUGAUUAAGUUGGGUAUUUCUUCCCUCAUAAAGUAUUUUAGAUUUCAAUGUUUGUUUUUUCUCAGGUGUUUUAACUGAUCAACUUUUUUCUUACUGUACUGCUACAAAUUUUAAAGAUAGUUCACUCGUUCCCUC